CUUGCCACUUCCCUUAUUGGGAUGCUACGAAGGCACGUACCGUUGCCACUUGAUCCUUACUCUGCGAGGAUUGAUUAUCUUAACGUCUUAAAUCAGUCCUCCAUCUCUGGCAGUCAUCAUCUUAGCAUCUUGAGAGUUUAUCUGUUCUGUGAGUAAAAAUACUUACGCUGUGGAUAUAUUGAGUUUGCCUCUAAAUUUAUCUACGAACCAAGAUCACACACUGGAUGAAGGAGAAAUCAGAUAUUUGAACACUAGAUUCACAUGUGAACAACUACACAGAUAUCCUUGAGGGAGAAGAGAUCUAGAACGUGUCGCUGUUGCGGACUUUACCAUCUGUACUCUAGCUAGCUCGGAGGAUCGGAUCGAGAUGCCUGAAAGGACUGAUAAUCAGGUACUGAUCAAUAAGCAGAAGUCAAGCAGUACUAUUACUAGUACUACUCAUGCAGCCAGCCGGCCAAAUACUGAUUCUUCUUCGCAAGAUAUUAAGCGGCCAUCUCCUGUAGAGGCACCGGCCGUCGGAAGGAAGCGAGCACUUCUUUGUGGGGUUACUUACAACAGCGCCGGGGAGAAUAUAAUAAGUCGCCUCGAAGGACCUCUCAAUGAUGUGAAGGAAAUAAAAGAAAUGUUGAUUAAGCACUUAGGUUAUACUGAGGAGUGUAUUCGCGUCCUCACAGAUCAAGAAGACAACAAAAAUAAAUCAACUAUUCCAACGAAGGAGGGUUCAAAGUCUGGAGACUCGUUGGUGUUCUUCUUUUCUGGACAUUGCGUACAAUGCGGAGUACGACAUGAUGAAGUACCUCAUGGUCAUUCCGAAAACAACAUGCUGAUCGUCAAUCGUACUAGGUCUACUGAAACUCAUGACCAUGUCUGUUUGGUUGAUUGCACGGGAAAAGGUAUGAUCCCAAAUAGUUACAUAAAUUCCACCAUUGUACGGCCGCUCAAGGAGGGUGUCACACUUCAUGCAAUUGUGGAUGCUUGUCAUAGUGGAAGCAUUCUUGAUUUAAACUACAAAUACGAGCAACAAAGUAAUGAUAAGGGACGUUGGAUGGAUCUAUCAAAAGCAGAGAAAGGUACAAGUGGAGGAUUGGCAAUUUGUCUGAGUGCUUGUAGAGAUAAUGAGACGGCUCCCGAAACCAAUGCUAACUCCAUCGGAAAGGGACCGGCCGAAACCAUGGGAGCAAUGACCUAUCAUUUGAUCCAAAAUAUUGUUACGUCGAACCAUCCUGCAAACGUAACAUACGAAUAUAUACUCAAAAAAAUGCACGAAUUACGUACUGUUAGGAAUGCCCACAUGGACAAGACCAAUUACCAGAAAAUGAGCAAUCUCCUACGGGCCUUUUCUGAAAGCAGAAAAAUAAAGGAACCUGUGCUAUCAUCGUCUCUUAAUUUCGACGUUUCCUUACAGAAAUUCUUGCUGUAGGGAGUAUUAUAUAUUUAUAUAUAUAUAAUAUGCCUUGAUCAGUACCGCAAGUACGAGCGUCAAAGCAUAUAUAGUUGCGGUGGUGUAGGCGCAUGCAAAAGUCCUGUGAAUUUAAGUCAUGAUUGGGGUUUGGAUUUGCCUAAUUUAUGUUAUCUUUAUGCGUACCGAACGAUAAAAUCUUUCUAAUUUGUUUCUUAUUUGUUUCCUUUCUAAUUAUUUGGACUUAGCCUAUUUAUUUUGCAAGGUGUUGCCUCAUGCCUGGUUGUUUAGUUUGUUGUAAACUUGUAAUAAGCUCAUAUAUAUUUAUAUAUAUAUAUAUAUAGGCAGCUAUUGAUGA